UGUUUUUGACCCAACAUAUGAAAGUCACUGGUAAAUGGGGUGGUCGUGCAUGUUCAUGUGCUCUUCUUUCUUCUUCUUCUUUCCUAUAAAUGCAAUGGGAUGUUUGCCCACGUUAUCUAAAGACGAAAACAAGCGUCUCUCUUGUCCUUUUGUCUGAAGAAAUGGGUGAUUCAAGAUUUAGUCAUCAGUGGUGUUAUCUUUUAUUUCUAGUCUGUUUAUUAUUGCUGAUCAGAGCAGAAGGAGGUGGCAUUCCUAUUACUAUUGUUGAAACUGCAAAAGCUAAAGGAGCUGUAUGUUUGGAUGGAAGUCCACCAGCUUAUCACUUGCAAAGGGGAUCUGGUUCUGGAAUUAAUAACUGGUUGGUUCACAUGGAGGGAGGAGGAUGGUGUGAUGAUAUCACAAGCUGCCUGGAAAGAAAGAACACAUACAAGGGUUCAUCAUCGAAAAUGGAGAAGACAAUGGGUUUCUCUGGCAUACUAGGGAGCAAGCAAGCAGCUAAUCCUGAUUUUUACAACUGGAAUAGAAUCAAGAUUAAGUACUGUGAUGGGUCAUCGUUUACUGGUGAUGUGGAAGCAGUUGAUCCCAAAACUCAACUGUACUUCAGAGGAGAAAGAGUUUGGCAGGCUGUUAUCGAUGAUUUAUUGGCCAAAGGCAUGAAAAAUGCUCAGAAUGCUAUUCUUUCAGGCUGCUCGGCUGGUGGAUUGGCUGCUAUUCUGCAUUGUGAUAAAUUCAAAUCUCUCCUACCUGCAACUGCUAGAGUAAAAUGUGUUUCAGAUGCUGGUUAUUUUAUUCAUGGAAAGGAUGUUGCUGGUGGGUUCGAAAUCGAAAACUUCUUUGGUGGAAUAGUUGGUUUACAUGGGUCAGUAAAGAGUCUUCCUCCCUCUUGCACUUCAAAAAAUAAACCAGAAUUGUGUUUCUUCCCACAAUACGUAACUCAGACUAUGCAAACUCCACUAUUUGUGAUAAAUUCAGGCUAUGAUUUCUGGCAGUUAAAGAAUAUUAUGGCACCUAGCGCUGCUGAUCCAAAAGGAGCCUGGAAGAGCUGCAAACUUGACCUAACUAAGUGCUCAGCUGAUCAACUCAAAACUGUGCAAGAUUACAGGUUGCAAUUCUUAAGUGCAUUGAACACUGGAGCUGGCAGCAAUCCUUCAAAUGGAUAUUUCAUAGAUUCUUGCUAUGCACACUGCCAAUCUGGAUCAGCUACUGUCUGGUUAGCAGAUAAGUCUCCAGUAGUGGCCAAUACAGUAAGUAAAAGACUGCUAUAUCUCCAUCUUCAUUCUUGCUUCCCAGAUUCAUUACUAUUACAUUUGCACCGAUUCUUUCUUCUUACGUACUUAUUUUCAGUUUUUAAGUCCUCUUUUAUCUGAAAAAUAUUCUGCAGAAAAUCGGUAAGGCAGUUGGAGACUGGUUUUACGAUCGAGCCAACUUCCGGAAGAUCGAUUGCCCUUACCCUUGCAACCCAACUUGUGUCAAACUUGAUUCUGAUUCAUAAGAGCAAUCAACAAGUCUAAAUUCACAUCAACAAAGUGUACAACUUCAUGAUUCAUCAUUAAAAUGGGCUAAAGUAAGAGGGUGUUUAUGAUCUAUAUAGUCUUCAUAGCAAAUAAAAAGCAUUACAAGACUUAGUUCUAAUGUUGGGUAUCUCUCUUAUUAUUUAUGUUCAUUUCUCUCUAUCAAGGAAAUUGAUAGUGUUGGAAUCUAAAAUUUAAUAAAAUCAUCCUUUCUAGUGAAAA